AUGGAAGGGACCGUCCUGGUGUUUCUGCUCUGCCUGCACGGCGGGCUGCUCGCGGGCGCCCUGGACAAGCCGGACUGCGCGGGCGCUGGGGACACGUCGCGAGGCGGCGGGCGCGCGUGUGUGGACUCCUCGGCCAGCCGCGCGCGGCCAGCUGUACCCCCACUGCCAGCAGUACAGACGCAGUUCCGACCGAUUUUGCUCCCCGGCCGAGUACAGCUGACACGGAUGCCAAGGGUACGGCGACAGAUUGACUUUAACAAGAAGAGGAAGUCAAUGAGGACAGGAGCCUUUUCCACGUCUAACAUCACGUGGAAUCCAGAAUGGUUAAAGGCCUCACCGACGUCCAGCACGAAGAAGCUGCUGGAGAAGAUCAGUGCUCCCCUCAAAUCAGUUCACCACUCCGGGGCCGCGGCCAUCAUCAUGCAUCCGGAACAUCCGUUCCCGACGGAGUGGGAGAGGAGACUCCAGCCAGCAGGAAGCAAGAAGAAGCCCAAACGCAAAGCUAGAGUCGGGUCUUUCUCGCUGCUCACAAACAAUGCAGACACCCGACCACAGGUCACCAGGGUUCGGAGGCAGCUGAACAAUGAGAAGAGAGAGAAGAGGCCUAAGCGUCCAAGAACAGGGACUCCUUUCGGUGAAAGUGAAUCUCUAAAGGUGAGCGAGGGAACAGUGGCAGUGAAAGUCGAUGGAAACCAGCAGGAAUCUGGCUUCCUUCCCUCACUUCUCGAAUGCCUGAUCCAGGGCAAGGUUACAUACAGAACCAGUCAAAUAUUUGAGUACAUCUGCUGGAAAUGCAACGUGUCAGUCCAAAAAAAAACAGAAAACUGGACUUUUGAGGAGUGGAAGUCGGUCUUAUAGCCCAGCGAGUCAAAGUGAAAUAUUUGGGUCCGACUAGCAAAUGACUUUAAGACAUACAUAGAGGGUGAGUGUAUGGUGGUGGGAGUGUGAUGGUACGGGGCUGCUUUGCUGAUCACAGGGUUGGGGGAUCUUUACCAAAUUCAUGAUUAUCGCAACCAGCAUGGCUAUCAUAGUAUACUUCAGAGACAUGAUCUGGGUUAUGGCUAGUUUAGGCACUGCUUCAUUCCUCAGCAAGAUACUGACCCAAAAUGCACCUCAAAAGUUGUGUAAGAGGUGGACGACAGUGGAGGACAAGUCAGACUAAUGACCUAGAUAUAAAACACUGUCAGUAACAGAAAAAAAUUGUUUGCACUAAGUGUACUCAACCUUUUCACUGGCACUGUACACACAAGGUAACUCAGCCUUCAUUUAUUAUCCACUUUCCACCAGCCCGCUUGAGGUUUGUUGGACAUGUUGGACAACCUACAAAUUCCCAACGUUUUCUGAGGCAAUCAGGUAAAAGAGUGAGAACAGCAAAUUUUGUCUAUG